AACACUAGUGCAAAACGAAACGUUGCUAGAAUAUGACGGGUCUCAUGUUCUGCGGGGAGAUGUUAUGACGUGCAGCAACUGUCUUUGUUUCAACAACAUUCGUAUAGUUUUCGAGAAGAUUGUUAGUUAAAAUGUCGUGAUAUAUCAUAUUUAGUAUGAUGUGAUACGCCGUGGUAUUGCGACAUGAAUUUUCCCAAAGCAUGACCGUGCCAAUAGGAGUUAUUAGCAUAGUUAGGAUUUCGUAUUGGUUAAGUUGUGUGAAUGUUGUGCCAAUAAUGAGAUAGUGGAGUGUUGUGAUGUGGUUCGGGGACAUGCGGGGGGUGGUGUGGAUGGUGUGGGUGGCCGCGGCGGUGGCAGCAGUGGCCGCGACUCCCCUGGAGUCCGAGAUGCCCGUCCCGCGAGGGGUGAAACUGACACCUUUCGUGCGCCACUGGCAACCGGCCGCAUACGAGCGCGUGCGGCGGCGGCGCUCAGCGUCGCCCGCGCAUGCGCCCAAACUGCCCAGCACCCUGCGCCUUUCCUUCCGCGCACAUGACAGGGACUUCACGCUGCUCCUAAAGCCGGACACGAGCUCGGUGUUCGCGGAAGGUGCGCAGUUCCACUCGUCGGCCGGCCCGCUCGACUACACGGCGCAGGUCUACACGGGCAAGCUGGAAGAUGACGAGACGUCGGAGGUGUACGGCGUGAUCACGGCGGACGGGCUGUUCGACGGCACCAUCUGGACGGCCACCGAGGAGUACUACGUGGAGCCGCUCUCCCGCUACGACGCCUCGCACCCCUCCAUGCACAGCGUGGUGUACCGCCGCUCCGACGUCGACCACCCCAACGACGGCCAGCCCGCGCCUUGCGCAUCACACCAACUACACCUCAAAAGACUACACGGAAGCCAAGCGGAAUUAUUCAACCUGACUCUAGAUGACUCCCUCAACAACACAGAAGACUUAAACAAAGAAAUACAUAGACGCAAAAAACGAUGGCUUCCAGAAGACGAGAUGCAAGACGACGAACCUAAGAAAAAUCCCGAAUUACCAUUAGACUUAGACGUUCCUUAUACUAGUAACAGCGAUUUCGAAAAAUUGAGUACGAGAAAGCCGAAAAUUAAAAUCGAUAAGAGUAACCUCAUUACUAAAGUCCGGCUCGAUUCUGAGGAAACGAGACCGUCGAAGCCAAAGACGCAUGUCGAAGUGAUAAAGACGAAAGCCGGGGUCGUAACGGUUAGUAAGGAUAUUGUUAAGAAAGAGCCCGUAGGUUAUACAGUCUUGAGUGGAAAUGGAAGCGACGACGGGAGACAUGUCAACAAAAGAGCAACCGUCGACCCAAGGAAGACCACCUGUCUAGUCUACUUGCAAGCUGAUCACAUGUUCUAUCAAAGAUAUGGAUCUGAAGAAGCUUGUAUAGAAGUCAUGACUCGCCAUGUUCAGAAAGUCAACGCGAUUUAUAAAGUCACAGACUUCAACCAAGACGGCAAGCCCGACAACAUCACGUUUAUGAUCAAACGGAUAAAAGUACAUACGCUGGACGCUAUGAAAGACCCCGCCUACAGGUUUCCCAACAACUACGGUGUUGAGAAAUACUUGGAACUUUUCUCAGAGGAAGACUACGACGCGUUUUGUUUAGCGUACAUGUUCACAUACCGAGACUUUGAAAUGGGUACAUUGGGUCUAGCAUGGACUGGUGACCUUAAAAAUGCAGGCGGUGUGUGCGAAAAAAAUGGGCAUUACCGGGGCAGCAUGAAGUCCCUAAACACGGGCAUAGUGACGCUGCUCAACUACGGCAAGCACGUGCCGCCGGCCGUCUCGCACGUCACGCUCGCGCAUGAGAUCGGACACAACUUCGGCUCGCCGCACGACCCAGAGGUAUGCACCCCGUUCGGGGAAGACGGGAACUACAUCAUGUUCGCUCGAGCGACCAGUGGGGACCGAAAGAACAACAAUAAGUUUUCGCCGUGCUCGCUCAGAGCGAUAGACCCCGUGCUGAACAACAAGGCACGGUCACCUAAAGGAUGUUUCACGGAACCUCAACCAGCGAUCUGCGGCAACGGCGUCGUGGAAGAGGGCGAGGAAUGCGAUUGCGGCUGGGCCUCCGAGUGUACUGACGUGUGCUGUCGGCCUCAAGCGGCCAGGCCUCAUUACAAACCCUGCACACUUACAGAGCAUAGCGUGUGCAGUCCUAGUCAGGGUCCAUGCUGCACGGCGUCAUGCACAUUGAAGUUCGGCGACAAAUGUCGCUCCGACAACGGCUGUCGCGACGCAGCACAUUGCGACGGGAAACGCGCCGCCUGUCCCGCGAGCAGACACAAGGCGAACAAGACGCGCUGCGACAAGGAGCUGGUCUGCUUCAUGGGCGAGUGUACCGGGUCUAUCUGCCUGGCGUACGGGCUGGAGUCGUGCCAGUGCGCGGCGCGCGCGGACGACCCGCGCUCGGCGUGCGAGCUGUGCUGCCGCAAGCCCGGCGGCCCGUGCGUCUCCUCCUUCCACUGGAACGCCGCGCCGUUCGACGUGCCCGACAUGUACGCUAAGCCGGGCACGCCGUGCAACGACUACAACGGAUACUGUGACGUGUUCCAACGCUGUCGCGAAGUAGACCCGUCGGGCCCAUUGGCCACUCUGCGGAAACUCCUGCUGUCGGAUGAAAGUAUUGCUGGCUUCAAGCGUUGGGUGCUCCGCCACUGGUACGCCGUGCUGCUCAUCUUGCUGGCGGUCAUCGCUUUGUUGGUGGCCAGCACGCGUUUCCUAGGCCGCAACGGCAAGAAGCUGAAGUCGGUGACCAUCAUCCACUCGUCCACCACGGAAACCGUCCGUCUGCCUGAUGCUGCCGACCCUAACGGGGGGCUGAUCGUCCACACGGCUGUCAGAUCAAAACUUCCUCUAAAGAAGAAAGUUGCCCUCCGCACAAAAGCUUACCGCAAUAAAAAGGAUCAUAAAAAUAAGCAAGGAGAUAAGGCAUCUCCGGCACACGCCGCCAAAAAGAGGAAACCAAGUCAUCCUGCGAAACCGGACGACCCCGCCAAACUUCCGAAGGAAAGUGCCGUAGUAGUGACGAAUGCUGAGGGGAAAUCGCCGAAACAUGUCCUUCUGUCAAAACACAAAGGAAAAAUAAAGAAACGAAAAUCUAAAAUUAAGAAAGAAACCAUCGACUACAGUUCUAUGCAGAAACAUCCAUCGACCCCCACUAAAGAUACGGAAGCUUUAACGAAAGUUCAGAAGUGGCUUCUGAGCUCGCCACAACCUACCGCCAUGCCUAAAUCUAAGUCUAUACCCCUAGGACUCACCGAGCGCACGCAUCGACAAGUACAAAAGGGCACACGAAAAACGAGACCGUCCAAGAGCGCCACCAAUCUGCUGUCCGGCGAGAAAGCUCGCUUGCAGGUCGUCUUCAAACCGCCGUUCAGAUUCAGCGUGAAAAUCUGCAAGAGCGACAAAACUAAAGUCGUCCUCGACAAAUCGUCCAAACCCGACCUCGACAGAAAACGCCAGGAGGCGACCCCACUGACGACUUCCGGCACGGACCACGCCAAAACGACUCCUUCCCAAAAUAAACUGCUAAAACAUUCCAAUUCCACUAAAAAUGAUGCAGACACCGCCGCCCCGACAUGUCCGAAACCGGUGGAUAAGCCUCAAAAACAGGAGAGUCACGGAUAUGCGAAUCUACUGCCCCGAAGCGCGAGUGACUGCAAACUAGUGAAGAACGUCCCCGAAGCGAAAAAUCCGGGGCACAAAAAGAGUAACUCGGUCGGGCAGCGAAAGGAGACCACCGAGAGCCGGCAGAACCUCAUCACGCAGGAGGACGACGGCGCGCACGUGUACGAGAACGUGGCGCACGACGCGCUCGUGCCGCGCAGCUGCAGCAUGCCGCGCCGCCAGCCCGGCGCCGCCAUCGUGCGCCAGGCCAGCCACGGCCAUCUGCCGCGCGCGCGCGCCCGCCGGCAGCCCCACGGCAGCGCCGGCGAGCUCGACCGCGGCCACGGCGCCGCCGACACGCUGCGCCGCAGCCCCGACACCAGCGACACCAACACCGCCAGCUCCGCCGGCAGCCGGCGGCCCGCCCGGACCGAGGCCGCGAAGCUGAAGCGGCAGAUGAGCGAGAACGAGGUCGGGCGGGCCGACCUGCGCGGCUUCCGGCUCGUCGUGGGCAAGGACAAGCUGCAGCGGCAGGCGAGCGCCACGUCGCUGUGCGGGUCGCGCGUGCAGCUCGCCAUGCCCAUGUCGGCGGGCGCGGAGCCGCGGCCGCAGUUCUGCUGGGAGCAGCGCGCCGGCCCGGACGGCGCCCGGCAGCACAGGCGCGCCUUCACCUUCGGCGAGCUCAAACACACGGUGCCCGACGCCAGGGCCGACCCCGAGGACGAGGACUUCUUGAAAAUCAUUGACAAUUGAAUGAAGUGACCAUUUUGUGACGCGGUGCAGCUAUUUCUAAAUACGUGCGGACGAACUCUCGGCGUGUAAUCUGGCUAAGAAAGUUGUAUCCACGGGGUUGACACGUGAUACGUGAUGCUACUUAUUAUGUGUUAAGUACUUGUAUCUAGUGAAUUCAAAUUUCGUUAGCCGAGCCGCUAGCUAGGUGUGAUCGCCGACAGGUGUAAAUAUUGUAAUUUGCUUUUAAUAUUAGAUUUAAUGUAACAUGCCACUGAAACGAAUUAUCACUCAGUCUACUCAAAGACUGCAACUUGAAAUGUGUAUACAUUUUAUUAGCGUUUUUCUAACACUAAAAGACGACUUCGUGGUGACGAGUUCAUCCUUAACAUGAUUGUAGACUAGCGAUGGUCUCGUUUUACUGGACGAUCUCUAAAAAUGAAUCUCUAUUUUUUCUACAUGCUAUGUAUUGUAAAAAAUUACUCAUACUUAUGUAAAGUGUUCAUAUACGAUGAUUUGAAGGAUAUUUUAUAAUACUUUACAUAAUUUCAUUGCGUAAUUUUACUUGCAGUAUUAAUUUAAAGAAAUCUCCGACAAAUUUAUGAAGUUUAAAUGAUUCUUAGUACAAUGGUAGGUUUUUCUUGCAGCUAAUCUAGCGACAAUGCAGUUAAUUUAGAUAGCCGUCAAUUAACGAGUCAAUCUAUCAAUCGACAUUAAAAUAGAUGAUUAAGAUAUUCAACUCCCAUAAAUGUUUGUCUAAGAAGAUUUAACGUAAAUUUAUGUAGGAUUCUUUAUCGUCCAUUCGGAUAGAUACUAUGCUGUUCUUAUCAUGCCAUUUUUAAUACGAGUUGGUUAGCCGUAGGCAUUAAUUACUUUAAAAAAAGUAAGAAGUUUUUGCAAUCAAGAAAGCUCACAAAUUUUACAAACUGGCUGCUUUAUUUCGCAUUAAGAAUAACUCCGACCAUAACUAUCUGCUUACGCAACAAAAUUCAGGAAAUUUAUUUGUGGAUAAUUAUUGAAUCCUACACAAAAUCGACGUCCAAAUGCUAAUAUUAUACACAUAAUUAAAAGGUUUAAUUAAUAAGGAUAUUAUUUUUUUAUUAAUAUUGGAUUUAACACGAACUAACAGACAAAUAAAAAAUGUAUUGUCAUACCUAGAUAAUAAGCGAACUCGUGGCUGUAAUUUCAGUUGGUUACUCGUUGUGUUCUGCAAUAUCUGGGAUGGAAUCCACUUUAAUAAUUCAACGUAUUAGUACGACAAUAUUGUAGUGUAUAUUACAUUAAAAAGUGUUGAUAAUUAUCCUAUUGUAGAUGUUAGAUACAAAAAUAUUGUUGUUUUUAAUUUAGGUCCCGCCUAAAAUGUACAGACCAUUUUCUCAUAAAGAGUUUUGUCUAUGGUCUCAAGAGUAGGUUCCAAAAAGUGUGAAAAGGAAAUCAAUAUAUUUUGCAAACGGAAUUAUUAGUACAUAAAUACCACCAGAAUAACGGAUAGAAGUACACGAUUACGAGUAAGUACAUUUUUCUAUCUCAGAUAUUUAUCAGAAUGUGUUCCGAUAUUUAUGCGAAUCGUGCGGUGCGGCGCAAAAGCUUUGUGACCGCGGCCCGUCGUGUAUGAGCUUCGUCGUAGGGAGGUAAGGUAAGGGUAAAACGUAAAAACUAUUGUGUAGAAAUGGAUUUCUAAGACGAUACUAAAAGUAUUGGAGAUGUUACAAAUUUGUAUUUUUUAAUGUUUCUUGUGUGGAUGAUGUGGAAGUUGCAUUAUCUGUGUCCGCAUGAUCCACAUGGAUUGUGUUUAGAGUUUGUUCGACACCUGUCGCUAUAUUUCUGUUUCAACUCGUAGCUCUAUUGAUGUUCUUCCUUAUAAUAUAAUCGUAUGUGUUAAUUGUGCAUUUUAAAAAGAUAAAUGUGAUUAGAUUAUAUGGAACUAUGUAAUGGUUUUCUUGUUUAUAUAUAAAUUACCUACUAUUUGUAAUUUCAGAUAUGUAUCGAAAAGAUAUGAAUACAAUUUUUAUUUUACUGUAUAGAAAACGUUUAAAUAUUAUGAUCAUAGAUUUAAUGGACACAUCUGACCACAAUCUCGCUGUAUUUGUUCCAAGUGCCUUAUGAACAAAUCGUUGCAUUCCUACUAUACAUUCCAACCUGAAAGCAAGCAACUAGGUUUUUUUUACUGCCUUGACUUGUAUCCUCCAAUUUAAUUUAUAAUGUUUUUAUGAACUGGAACUAUGGUCUAAUGCUAAUUAAAUAUAAUAUUUAGCAUUAAAUAUAUUCUGUAUCCAACAGUACUUAAAUAACGUUAGUCUGUGAUAGAUUUUCAGUUUCACUUAUUUUUCUGCCGAAUAAGAUACGAAUGUUCUCUUUUUGCUGUUGUUCUAAUUAAGGACUAUAAAUACAAAUUUGUAAUAAAUUCAUUUUCUAACGUAUUUACUAUUUCUUUCUGCAUUUUUUAAAUAUUAAAAGAAUACAACAAAA